CUCUAGUUAAGUUGAUAGUCUCAGUCCGCAAAUAGGGUUUGGGAAUUUUCCCCUCUCCUCCGUCACUUCAACUCCCCGAUAGUUGUUUAUCUUGUUUAAUUCUAACCCCGACUCCCGGUUCCUUCCUUGUGCUCCUCCCUAAAAUCUCGUACGUCUGAAUCGUACCAUCAGCAUCACCAGCAUCAGCAUCAGCAUCUAGGGCUCUAACUGUAUAUUCAACAGAUCAAUUUUGCGGUAGGCUUGUCGGUACAGGUGAUUGGAGAUGGCUGAGGUAAUUUUGAAUGAAAACAUCCCUUCUUGUGAAGAAGAAAACGAGACUUUGGAGCCUACAAACAAGGAGGCCGCUCAACAAUCUCCAACUUUGCAUCUUGUAGAUGAAGAUGACGACAAAGCAGACAUUUCAAAGAAAAAAAAGAAGAAAAGUAAGAGCAAGAAAAAGAAAGCACAACAUGAGCAGACUAAUCCACAAUCUAUGCAAGGGCAGACUGAUCCACCAUCUAUUCCUCUUGUUGACCUGUUCCCAUCUGGGGAGUUUCCCGAGGGUGAAAUUCAACAGUACAAAGACGAUAACCUUUGGAGGACUAGCUCUGAAGAGAAGAGGGAGCUGGAGCGCCUUGAAAAACCAAUGUAUAAUUCUGUUCGUCGAGCAGCAGAAGUUCAUCGCCAGGUUCGGAAAUACAUCAAAGGCAUAUUAAGGCCUGGAAUGUUGAUGACUGAUUUGUGUGAGACUCUGGAGAACACAGUCAGGAAGUUAAUAUCCGAGAAUGGUCUGGAUGCAGGCAUUGCUUUCCCGACAGGAUGCUCUUUGAAUUGGGUUGCUGCUCAUUGGACCCCAAAUACAGGGGACAAGACUGUGCUUCAGUAUGAUGAUGUAAUGAAGCUGGAUUUUGGAACUCAUGUUGACGGAAACAUAGUUGACUGCGCUUUUACAGUAGCAUUCAAUCCUAUGUUUGAUCCACUCCUUGAAGCCUCGCGUGAAGCAACAAAUACUGGUAUCAAGGAGUGUGGAAUUGAUGUGCGUCUUUGUGAUGUUGGUGCUGCAAUACAAGAAGUCAUGGAAUCAUAUGAGGUUGAAAUAAAUGGAAAGGUUUAUCAAGUUAAAAGUAUUCGAAACUUGAAUGGACAUAGCAUUGGACGUUAUCAAAUCCAUGCUGGAAAAUCUGUCCCUAUUGUGAAAGGCGGGGAGCAGACAAAAAUGGAAGAGGGUGAAUUUUUCGCAAUUGAAACUUUUGCAUCAACUGGGAAAGGGUAUGUCAGAGAAGAUCUAGAGUGCAGCCAUUACAUGAAAAAUUUUGAAGCUGGCCACAUCCCACUGAGGUUGCCCAGGGCAAAGCAAUUGCUAGCAACAAUUAACAAGAACUUCUCCACAUUGGCCUUCUGCAGGCGUUACUUAGACCGCCUUGGAGAGACUAAGUAUCUUAUGGCACUAAAGAAUCUGUGUGAUGCCGGCAUUGUGCAGCCCUAUCCUCCUCUCUGUGAUGUUAAGGGCAGCUAUGUUUCUCAGUUUGAGCAUACCAUUUUACUCCGGCCAACCUGCAAAGAGGUCAUAUCCAGAGGUGACGACUACUGAUAUCGGUGCCAAUAACUUUUCCAUGAAAACCUGCAUUGUGGUUAUACCAUGUUUUUCCUAGAUUACAAACAGGAGUGCGUUUAUUUCAGUUUUCCGCAUUUAGCUUUGUCUCGCAAUCUCUUUAACUCUCGGUGAGGCUCUGUCAUCAUUUAUGGUCUGCGUUUGUGACUUGUUGAAAUUCUAUUUUUUUUCUUUCACUUUGCCUGAAUUCCAUGGAUUCCGUCGCACCCCUAUGUAUCCUCACUUAUGAAAAACCAACUCAAUUAUCUACAACUUUCUUUACACCA